CUUUGGCAAUUCAGUUUGCGGAAGAAAUGUUACUGAAGUUACAACGCCUUAGGCAUUAACAGAAUACUAAGCCAUCCAGACUUUUUCCUCCUUAAUUACUGCCUAACCUGUUACCUAAUAUCAGGUUGCCUGAAGCACAUUAGUAUUGUGUAGUCAUGGAGCCAGUGUCAGUUUUAAUUAAGUCUUCUAUUCCAAAUUAUUUAUCAAAUUUACCAAUUCCUAAUUCGAUUGGAGGCUGGUUCAAGUUAGGAAUUAAAGAUUGGGCCACAUUAGUUCCUUUUUUUGCUGCUGUUGGAGGAAUAUCAUAUGUCACUUAUAGGGCAAUAAAACCAAAACAGGCAAUAAAUCCAUGUAUCAAGAAAGAAGUAGCUAAAGUUGUAGACAUUGCAAACAUAGAAGAUCUAGGAGAAAAAACUGCUUAUUGUCGCUGUUGGAGAAGUGAAAAAUUUCCUUAUUGUGAUGGUGCUCAUGGGAAACACAACAGAGAAACAGGCGAUAAUGUAGGUCCUGUCGUUAUUAAACGAAACACAGCUAAAUAAAUGCAGAGUACAUCUGGUAACAAAUUGCCCUGUAGAUAGAGAUACUCUGCUUUUUCAGUUUAAAGUAUUUAUAAAGUUUUGUUAUGUCCUUAUGAAUUGUUUUCCAAUAAUUUUAAUAUUUAUAUUAAAUGCGGGCUGUUAGGAUUCCCUCAAAGGGAAAGUUGUUUCUUAAAUGAAUCAUUUAAUUGUUAUAAAAUAAUGGUAAUAAAUAUUUUUCUUUG